AUGGGGGCGGCGUUAUCGACGAAAAAGUUUUUAGCAACACCACUGACACAGCAGUGGAAAUUCCCAUUCGUGGUGAAUCCGCGCUUUUGCCGGCAGCGCGUCACGACAUUCGAGCUCUCGGACAAUUUUUGGAUGCACGCCAUUGAUAUUAAUGGCUACGCCGUACGUGAUAUUGAUACCAAUCGCGUUUUAUUUCGCGUCAUGCCCACCAUUGGCGGUGAAGUGUCAGACGGAUGGACAAAGUGGCUGGUGGAUGAAUACGGUAUUCCAGUGGCUCAUAUGACACAACGAGAUCAUCCUGGAGCAGCGGCCUACGAUGUUUGUAUAGGCAAUCGUCGUCAGCCCGAGCCAAAAGUGCUUACGACUUUUGUGAUCAAUUUUGUGUCGAAUAGAAGUGAUCCGCUGCUAGCAGAGGUGGACGACCCGCACUCAGGAGGUAAAAGUCGCGUUGGAUGCCAUGGCACGUGGCGACAACGAGCUGCAGUGUUGUAUUUUGAAAGAGGACGUGGAGGGCAAAAGGAAUCUAUCGCUAAGGUGUAUCGUCCAGCAAGUAAUAGGAUGACAAUGUGUGGAGGCAAUACAUACCAUGUGGAGAUAGCCAUUGGAGUAGACAUGGCUCUCGUAUUGCUCAUCUGUGCAGCUAUGGACGGUGCCAAUGCGCAUCGUUACAAGGCGCAAAGACAUUUGUAG